AUGGUUGAGAUUGAAAAGUCUAACAUUUCUGGUUAUACUAAAAAGACUUAUAAAUUUCAAGAUAACCUACCAAAGUUACCAAUACCUCCGUUAGAAGAUACAAUAAACAGAUAUUUAGCUGUUGUUAAACCUCUUCAGGAUCACGAGCAAACUAUUGAGGUUGCAAAACAAUUUCUUGAAAAUGAAGGUCCAGAACUUCAAGAAAAACUUAAAAGUUAUGCAUAUGAUAAAUCAAGUUACAUUGAAGAAUUUUGGUAUGAUUCAUAUCUCAAUUACAGCGAUCCUGUAGUUCUUAAUCUGAAUCCAUUUUUCCUUCUGGAGGAUGAUCCUACACCUGCUAGAAAUAAUCAAGUAGAACGAGCUGCUUCAUUAAUAACUUCCUCUUUAAAGUUUGUUCAUGCAUUGAGAACUGAAACUUUGGAACCUGAUUUUUUUAGAGGGUCUCCUUUAUGUAUGUCACAAUUUCAACGUAUGUUCGGAACGGCUCGUUUACCAACAGAAAAUGGAUGUAGAAUGAAUUCAAAUAAUGAAUCUAAACAUAUUAUUGUUUUGUGCCGUGGUCAAUUUUAUUGGUUUGAUGUAUUAACCAAAGAUAAUGAAGUUGGAAUUUCCAAAAAAGAAUUAGUGGCUAAUCUUAAAACUAUAAAACAAGAUGCACUUAGUUUACCAGUUGUUGAGAUAGCAAAAAAUGCUGUUGGAAUUCUUUCUACCGAAAAUCGUAAAAUUUGGGCUAAUUUAAGGCGUAUAUUAGAAGAUUCGUCAGAAAAUAAUAAGGAUUGUUUAAAUGUACUUGAUUCUGCAAUAUUUGUUGUCUGUUUAGAUGAAGGAUCACCUUCUUCUUUAGAUGAGGUAGCGACAAAUAUGCUUUGUGGUACUUAUGAUAUAAAAGAAGGUGUACAAGUUGGUACCUGUGCUAAUCGGUGGUAUGAUAAAUUACAAAUUAUUGUUUGUGAAAAUGGUUCUGCUGGAGUUAAUUUCGAACAUACGGGUGUUGAUGGUCACACUGUUUUACGUUUCGUUUCGGAUAUUUAUACCGACACAAUUAUACGCUUUGCUCAAACCAUUAACAGCCAUACAAAAUCUUUGUUAAAUAAUUCUCAUAAUGAUAAAAAUUUUAUUGACACUGCUCCCAAAAAACUUGAAUGGAAUUUAACUCCGGAAGUUCGCAUUGGAAUAAGAUUUGCUGAAACAAGAUUGAGCGAUCUUAUCUUACAAAAUGAGACGAAAGUUUUGGAAUAUGAAAAUUUUGGAAAAAGUUUAAUUACAUCUUUUCAAAUGACUGCCUAUUAUGGUCUCUACGGAACAAUAGAAUGUACAUACGAACCAGCAAUGACCAAGACUUUCAUUCAUGGUCGUACUGAAGCAAUUCGACCAGUUACUUUGGAUGCAAUAGAAUUUGUAAAGCUUUGGUGGUCUGAUGCAUCGACUUCUAAUAAACUUAAAGCACUCCGUAAAGCCAUUCACACACAUGUAAAUUUGACAAAAAUGUGUUCAAAAGGAUUGGGACAAGAUAGACACUUAUAUGCAUUACAAUGUGUUUGGCAAAGAGAGAUUCGAUCAAAAUCCGAAAAUGAAGGCCAAAUGCCAGCUAUAUUCGGAGACGUUGGUUGGCAAACAUUGAAUCAUACAGUUAUUAGUACAAAAAAUUAUCUCAAUAAUGUUUAUCAACUUCUACAAUCAGAAAAGCGAGCACCUGGUCUAAAACGUAGUUCAGAAGGUGAGAACAUUAGUGUGGUCUCCGGGUAUGGAUAUUUUGAUGCUGGGGAUUACCUUGAGUAUCGUAAGGAAGAGAGGAGUGAAGAAAUAAAAAGAGUUGGAAGAACUUUAAAUUUAGUGGAAUAUUGA